GUCGCGUCGCGUUGAGUGAGUCAGCGGCCAUCUUUGUCACAUUUGACGUUUACGGCGGCGAUCGGCUUGGUGUCUUGUCUCCGUGUUUGCGAUAAAAUUUUAUUUUACUCCAAUAAAUAGUUUGUGUUGGUGAAAUAUAUUUGCGGAGAUAAUUUCUGCGUUUCCUUUAUUACAAGAUGGCGAAUCGUAGACCGCAAAGCAACGGUGGGCGUCGCAUGGAUUUUCAACGCAAUGAUCGCGGGAAGAACUUCGGGCGCAGCGGAGUGUCGCCGUGGCAGGGCAGUGGCCCUGGCGGCGGCAUGCCCAACCUGCUCCCUUUGUCGGGGGGCUCCACUGAGGCCACUCUGGCUCUAGCCAACAACAUCAUCAAUCUGCUACAACCUCGUCAGAACCCUGUCCCCUCACUCCUCGACAUGCCUAUCAGACGUGAUUUCGGACCCAACAUGGGUCGGUAUGAUCGUGGUUAUGGACCUACCAGGAUGGGCAAUCAAGGUAAUUUCCGGCGUACGGGAACUUACAAUCGCUCCGGUGAGCGUGUCAACAACAAUCGUAAACCAUAUAGGCCCAAUGAUGGGCAAAGGCAACAAAACAAGAGUUCCCCGAAAAAGGAGGCCGAUUCAAAGGCUAAACCUGUUAAGGAGAGCAAACCAUCCCGCAGUGAAAACGAAGAGAAGAAUGAUGCUGCCUCAACUGAGCAAGAUAAGGAAAAGGCUGAGGACACCAAGAAGGAGGCUCCGAAGACCAGAUAUGAUGACAUUAACCCUCAGCUACUGAAGUGUCACAUCUGUAACAAGAGCAUGUGGGAUGGCAGGUCCUUUGAAAACCAUCUCAGUGGACGAGCUCAUGCUAUCAUGAUGACGAAGACUGCGGAGAGCUAUGCGCUCACUGCUGACACCAUGCGUCAGGAGUUUAAGAUCCGCGAGAUGAAACGCACCCGCAAAGCCGGGCAGCAGCCGGCCCGCGACUUCUACUGCGCGAUGUGUGACAUGUACGCGGCCGACGGAGCCAUACACCGCACCACCGUCGGACAUCGCAAGCUGAAGAAGUACCUGCACCCCACCUGCACAUCCUGCCACAAGGAGAUGCCUACCAGGAUCGAGCUUGAUGAGCACCGCCUCACUGCCGAGCAUUUGAGGAAUAUGCAAGACAAGCAGGAGAUUAUUACCAAGCCUAAGCCUGAAGUAAUGGUGAUCUCGACCCUGAACAUGGAGCAGCUGUACCUGCGCGAGGACAGGCAGCGUCGGCGCCGCAACGACGACAAGAACGGAACCGACAAGGAUGGGGAGGAUGCUGAAGCCAAGGAUGGAGAGGGAGAGAACCAGGAUGAAGCUAAGAAUGAGGGUGAAGGUGAGGCCAAACCCGAGGGUGAUGCGGAGGAGAAAAAAUCCAAACUGGACAAUGAUAAGACCAUCUUGGACUACAAGGAGGGAGACGAUCUCACUGGAGCCACACAGGAUAUGUUCCCGGCUUACAGCACUGAGCGUGGUGUAGGCGGUUCAUUCCUGUCCGAGUUCCGCUGCAUACAGUGCAGUCUCUGCCGCAAGCUGCUGGAUACUGAUGAGACCGCGCAGGUACAUCUCCGCACCUGGAGGCACCAUCAACUCUUCACCAGGCUUCUGGCUGAGAAGAGCGGCACCCAACUGGGAAAUGAGACAUCCAAUAACAAGAGGUCGUUGGACACCGAUGAGAAUUCUGAUGCCAAGCGUCGCAAGGUUGAUGAUGAAGCCGAGCAGAACGGCCAUGAUCAUGAUGAAGAAAACAAGGAUGAGGAAGUCCUGGACUCGGCUGCAGAGGACUCCAUCCUGAACAAGGAUGAUGGUGAGGGUGGGGACGGUGGCGAGGACAUGGAGAACUGGGAGCAGACCGUCGAUGAGAUCUUGGAGGAUGAGACUACUGCCCCAGUAAAAGAAGAGAAGCCAGCACCUGAGCCACCAAAGCAGGAGGAACCAGUGAAGCCGGAGCCGGAGAAGCCAAAGACUCCGCCACCAGUAGUCCAGGCCGCCGCCGUCGUCGAGAGGCCCCGGGGCUCCCCGCGUGGACGCGGCCGUGGCCGAGGAAGGGGCCGUGGUCGGUAUUAGGCGCCUACACGACAAUUAACUCGUCACAAAAUCUAUUUGGGAUGUUUCCACACACAAAAGUGAUUAGAAAUCGUCAAUUGCUCGGCAUAAGCUCUGAAUGAGCAGUUAUAUAUUAUUUUUUAGGUCAAAAACAGCUGGGCUAAGCUUUUCUUUAUAUUUGUGUAAUGUGUAUGCUAGUUCAUACAAAAUGAAUGUGACGUCAUAAAGUACGAUGUCGUACAAAAUCUAUAUUGAAUUGUCUUUUUUUGCAUUCUAAAAAUGUGUCGUAUGGCUGGAAACAUCCCUAUUUAUUAUUUAAAACAAUAAAUUCUAUGAGAAAACACUACUUUGUCAAUGUCUUUAAUUUUGAGACCUGACUGAUAUUUUUUUGUAAAUUUUAGAUUAUAGGCCUGUUCCACAGCAUCUGAUUGGUUUGAAACAGGCUUCUAUAAUCUAAAUUAUAACCAUCAUCUAUCAAUGUUGUGCAUAGUUGAUUUAUUUAGCUAUUUUUCUAUGUCAUAGGGCAAACAUAAUAUAUUUAUGUAACUGAAUACUUAAACAUAAUGUAAGUUUUAUAUUUAUCAAUAGUGUAACCUAAAUACACGAUCUUUUUAUGUUAUAUUCAUAAACUUGAAUCACCUAAUGACGCAACGUUCUGCGUGAGCGAUCUAGACGCUUACAAGAUCAUAAUGGCUUGAUAUUUUUGCGCGAACUGGACGCGGUGCUAUCACGUUUUUGUUUAUAAUGUUGGAAACAAAACUAAACGAUUCAAAUGCACUUAAAACCUAGCUGCCGCGCUACACCGCAUCGAGUUCAAUUCGCGUGUCAUCGCACUGCUUUUCAUUCGGUUCUAGAUCGCUUACCCAAGAAUAUCGCGUCUAUCAUGUCAUUUAGAUAUUCUCGUUCAAGCAAUUGAAUUGUUCAUUUAACCACAUUCCUUUGCUUAAACAUGCUACUUAAAAAUAGUACAACUAAAAUAAUUAUAUUUUUGCCAAAACAACAAUUUUGUAGUGUCAAUUACUAUUUUUGUAACACCAGAGAUUCUUAAUGUGCAUAAAUAUUUCUGAUUACUCAUAAGAUAAUGGUUCUCAUCGUUAUUUGAAUAUGACAUAAAAAGAUAUGUUCUUCCAAAUAGAAAAUAGAAGUAUAUUUAAUCAGAUUUUGUGUGUACCUUUGUAGUAAAGUAAAAAGACAGAUUUCCUGACAGCUGUUUGUAUUAGUGAGUUGAUUGUGCAAUUUAAAAAGUAAUAUGUAUGUGUCCUUACACUAAAGUGUAUUAUUUACUUUUAUUUUUAUACAAAUCUUACUAUAGUAUCUAUGUAUAGGCUGGAAUUCGACCUAAAAAUACAUGAUGUAUAUUUUCCAAACAGGUUGAUAACGAAGUUUUUGCAUUUGAUAAUAAACUUCUGCAUAAAUUAUAAUUUCAAUAGAAUUUAUUUAUAACUACUUCUAUAGAAAGAAGUUUGCAUAGGACUGAUUUAUUAUAAAGUAUAAAAAAGAUAAAAAAUUAUAUAAGUUAUCCAGCAGUUUAGUUAUUAAAGGAAUGUUUACUUAAAGCCCAUUAAAAUAAGGUCAAUAUUUCCUAAGACAUUAUUUUGAUUUCUUACCACUUAGAUAUUUGCUGUAAAUGUUGUAAGCAGCAGGUCUUAACCAAAAUAUGUUUAAAAAGUCAAGUAAUCAUAAAAAUAUGGUAUAUUUUGCUUACUCUAGCGUUCUAAUAAUAAUUUAGAACUGAUUAUCUCUGCUCAUUUGUAAUCCAUUGCUUAAAAUUAGUGCACAAUAAAAAAAAAUACCUAAUAAUUAAUACAUGUUUAGCGCAUUAGGUCAAACUUUUGUAAUCAAGACUCGAUUCUUAGUAUCUCCAAAUUAUUUCAGUUUAAGUAUUUAUAGUUAUAGCACUUUAGACAUCUAGUGUAGGCUUGCAUUUUCUACUAUUAGAAAAUAAUAAAAUAUCUGUGACUUCCGCUUAAUAUUAGGUCUUCUCAAAUUGAGUACUACUCGUAUCUUCGUACCACUUAUAUGGUAUUAUUUGGUGUAUAUUCUGGGUAAAAUACCCGUAAAAACUAAACGGUGUGAUCUUCACGAUAUAUGGUCCAAAGCACAGUUAAGUGCACUGUACAAUCAUAUUGAAAAUUUCAUAAUCUGAGUCUGUCUUGUAUAAUCUCCAUGUGCUUUAGUUGUGCUAUGGGCCCUAAUAUACUUCUCGUGUACUUCUAUAUAAGUCUCUAAUGUCUGAGAUUCCCUUUUUCUAUUAUGUAAUGUGAUUAUUCAAAUAAAAUAAAUCAAUAAAAUGUC